AUGUCGUCCGAGCCAAAAAACGAUUGGGCACGAUAUGUUAGUCCCAAGUUACCAGAACUUGUGAAAAAGCUAGAGCCGUCGUUGUUAUUGGCGGAGUUACGUGAUUGUGGUCUUCUAACUUCAGAAGAUUGCAGUACUCUGCGACAUGAAUGUUCCAAGGAAGAGGAUCGAUCGCGCAAACUGCUUUUCGACAUACUCCCGCGCCGGGGAAACGAUGCUUUCGACCGUUUCUGCCAUGUCAUAGGUAAAGUCGAUGGACAGCGGCAUAUUUUGAAAGAAGUUCUGCAGGUGGAAACCAUGACGAAGCCUUCUUGUAAAGAAGAUGAGAAAACGCCACCGCAGAAAGGUGCUGGUGCUGAUCAGAUCGGAACCGGACAAUUGUCAGCGUCAUCCAGAGUCAAUUCGACUGUAGAAGUGGCAGAUACCACAGACGGUAAUAGUGAAUUAGAGCCCAUUCUGGCUUCUCAAGGCUGGAAGUACGACGUGUUUUUGUGUCAUGCCGGUGAAGACAAAAUGAAAUUUGUAGGUCCUCUAACCGAGGAGAUGAGAAAGAAACAUCAGAUUGUUUCAUUUUUCGAUGCUGAUUCAUUAUCAGAGGGACGAAUGGCACAGACAGACAUUGCCGAAGCCAUCAUACGGUCUCCUCUCUUUGUCGUUAUACUCAGCCAUAAAUUUAAAGCAAAACCGUAUCCGGCAGCAGAAGUAAAAGCAGCACUUGAAUUUAACGAACAAGGACCUGACUCCUUUGAAUUUAACUCACGUUACAAGAAGAUUAUACCAGUCUUUUACAAGCUUACACCCCGUGAAUGCAGCGACUGUGAUAUCAAAAUUUUACACAUAUUAGCUGGAAUUACUGGCAUUGAGAAGAAGCAUAAUGAAGACGUUAGAAGUUUUGUAACUUACGUUGCCCAGAAAAUUGGAGAACAUGUUAAAGCCCAAAAAGAUAGACCUGCAGUGGAGACCCUUCCGGAAAUGUCACCUGUUCGUACUCGGAUAAAAGAGAUCUUCGACGAAUUUAAGAAGAGAACCUAGUAGGACAACAAAUAUGACUGUAAUUAGCUGAGAAAAUAGCUGAUUGAUACAGGAGUUUGACAUAUAGUCAAAGUCCAUGUUUUCACAUGUAACAUAUCAAGUAGUAUUUUACUAGAUUACAUACAUGGAGCAGUGUGAUGAGCGGUUUGUAGAAUGCAACAUAAAUACGAGUAAA